AUGCCUUUGCUUGCGGGGCCUUCGAGCUCGUCGCAAGAGGCGCUCCUCCGCCUCGAAAAAGGCAGCGCUUCUCCGACGACCCAACUUCACGAAGCAGCACAGAUUCUCGGGGUGGAUCUCAGCGUAUGCGAGAGCCAUCCGGAAGUACACCGAAAUGCGCAGAUUCCAACCAAGGCCACUCCGAAGGAGGAGUGGGUGCUCCGGUGGUUGUUGAAGAGGCUCAGGAACGGGAAGAACUACCGCGUGGAUCCAGGCUCAUUCCUGUUGAUGCGACAGCUGAUCGACCGGGUCUCCCCCAAGAAUUUGGCGACGAUUAUGAAGGAUCAAAAGUUUUUGUCGAUUGUGUGCGACACGGUCGCGGAUUUGGAGAACGACAUCUUUGCGACAGUGGGAAGCGGGCUUUCGAUCUCGAGUGUUGACUCCGACUCCAGUCACACACUCUCUAGUUCUCCCACUCAGGAAGAGUCCCGAGGGAUGCAAGGAACAAAAAGAAAGAGGGUUGGUGGAGAGAACGAUGACAAUGCCAUGGACCUGGACGAGACGCCACAGAACCCCGCCUCGUGCUUCCUCACAUUCAUUCGCGCUCUAGAUUGUAUCUACGGAGUUGUGACAGUAGCUCAGCGAACGCUUGGUACGGACGAAGUGGCAAAUUCUCAUCUCAAGUUGGCCCUGAGGGGUGAACCGGAGGUGGUGGGACAGCUGUUGGGCCGGUCACUUCAGCUGGCUGCCGUUGCUGUCGCGCAGUUUUCGCAAGCAGGGAGAACAACUGAUCUCCAGCACCUGCUGUUUGUCUUCCCGGCAAUGCUCGAAUUGUGGGAGUCGAGGUCUUACCGCCAAGACGAUACAAACAACAAGGCAAGCAACGAUUGCUUUGCCAAGUUUUGUUUCUCGCACGCUCUCAGGCUUCAACUCUGCCUACGGGCCAUCAAACUUGACACUGACGAGAGAGUCCACCUGCUCCAUGCCAUCGAACGGAUCAUUGCUCUUCAUGUCCUCCUUCCAGCUCGUGAGGCUUUCUACUUCCGCGGUGGUUCUGGCAUCGACUACUCCAAGGAAGAGCCGGAUUGGAGCGCGGUAAAACCAGUGACUGAUACAUUCAGACCCAUCAUUGGUGAACUUUCAGCUGUCCAAAUAACGCCUACGACUUCUAAAAAUCAAUCUCUCCAGCCUUUGUGGCGAUCAAUCGAGCUGCUCCCGGAGCUAUUCGAUAAUGCUGUUCGAGCUGUCCCGCGAGGUGAUUUCCGGCGGCAGAUACACGAGGCCCCUUGGCUGGAGACUUUGUUCGUGGCUAUUGCGGAGCUGGCCUAUUCCACCGCGAAGGAAGAAGAGCCCGCUACUUCUUCUUCCCGGUUUGUCUCUGUGCUUGAAGACCUUCUGCGCAUUGCCCUGGAUCGAAAAGUCGGUCUAUCUCUGCAAACCAUCCUCACUCAUGCCGGUUAUACCGGCCUCCUCGAGCAAGGCCUAGAGCAGGUUCAGUGGAAUGUCACCGCUCUGGUCAUCAGUCUCGGUGUCGACGUUUUCCUACCCAACUCAGGAUUACGUGAUUCAAGCAAGUUACUAGACGCACUGCUUGACAAAAUCAUGCUCCAAUGGCGCAGUGAUUCCUCCAAGAAGUCGGAAGACUACAAUACUAUCAAGAAUGAUAUUGUCAUCCCGCUGUUACGGGGCUUUGCAGGCGCAAGAGAUUUGCCCUCUUUUAUGGAAGUCUGGAAUGACCAGCUUGUCAUUCUGGAAGAGGCUCGCAUCUGCAACAAUCGUCUACCAUUCUUCUCCGUCUGGGAAGAUGAUGACUUGUGUGAUGUCUACUCUGAAUUAACACGGAUUUCACUAACUGGUUCCAAUUUUGCAGCGCAAAUGCAAAUUGCUGCGACAGAGACUCGGGCCGACAAUGGCAAGAUCUCUGAAUCUUCCCAGUCAUACGCAAAGUUUGUGAUUAUGGAGGCCACCUUCCGAAGUAAGGCACUGGCGUUGGCCGACUCUGAGAAGUCCCUAGCCAGCUUCCUUGAGACCUUGACAUCCACUCUGUCCUCGAAGCAGACGUUCCACUGGCGCUGGCGCUUGUGGAGAUUCGUACGGAAUCUUGUACAGAAUAACAAGCUCUCAGUCGAUAGUGUCCUAGCCAAGUCCACCGUGCCUCUAAUGGGCAUCGCCGCAAAGACCAUUCACCGCAACCAGAAGGAUUUGACUAAAUCACCAAUGUCUCCUCUGGAGUCAUGGGAAAUCUAUCGAUUCACCCUGUUGGUGGUCAAGGGUAAGCCCAGUGAUGAACAAUUGAAUGCAUUCGGCAAUAUUUCCAAGGACGUCACGAACUUUUUCAUGUCCAUCACGCCCGAUGAUUCUGAGACAUCGAUGAAAACGCCCUGGAACGGUCGUACCGAUACUCUCCAUUCUUCAACUAUGCUAGCCCUGGCUUACGUCCUGGCGCUGGUAAGGGAACCAGAAGUCUGGGAGAGAGUCCCGCCCGAGAAUCGGUCGAACCUAUUCAAGCAGCUUUUGACUCUAGCUGCUGCCCAGUACCACUCAUCGUCAUCGCCUCUGGAGACAGUUGCUGAUGAUGCACGGUUCCUUCAAGUAUGGGCGGGUGUUGUAUGCCAUGAAUACCUGCUUAGUGUACCUUCUAUUGUGCCUGAUCUGAUCCUUCUGCUCAUCAAGAGCAUUGAAAAUGACGUUCUCAAUCGUCGCCUCUAUGUGGAGAGCAUGCAGCGGAUCCCCGCCGCCCUGAUCACCCGUGGUCUUCGAACCACCCUUCUGGACAAGUUGCACGAUGUUGUUGUUCAGCAAGAUAGUGGUCCCGAAGUGACAGUUGGGCUCUUGACUAUGAUGGCAAAGCUUGCAGCCAUGCCCAAGUGCGAUGCUAACAUCACAAGCGACUGGGAGCCUAUCUGGACUGAGGCCCGCUCCAUCUCCCUGGAAGGUACCGAUUUGGAUCUUCAAAUCAUGAAGGCAUUCCGCAGCUUGUAUCACGCUAUCAUUGCCAAGCUGCUGGUGUUGUCAGAGGACGAUCGAUAUGAGACGUUCAAGAAGCUCUUUGCAAGAGUCUCCAAGCAGUCUUCUAAGCUUCGACAAAUUGACCGUGACUCCAUGGCCUAUUUCGUGCUGCGCCUGUCUUUGUCGGAACUCUGGGUUCACCGCAAGCACUUGGGCAAAGCCUUCUCAGAGGAUGAGCUCGCAUCCUGCCGCCAGCGCGUCUUUGGUUUAGUGCUGGCAGACAUGAAGUCUGUCAAGAAUCAGUGCCGGAAGCAGAAGCUGGAGGAGACAAUCACCCUCAUCAAAACUAUCGAUGGGCUGGAGGGCUUUGAAGAUAUGGCGACAAACAAUAUUGAGGUGGAGAAGUUCCUGUCCAAGCUUGAGCACUACAUGGAGAUGUCGAUAGAUUCGGAACCAUCGCGACUGAUUCGACGACGUCUCCUGGCUACCAAGGGACCUCAAAAGAAGAUCAUCGAGCAGACGCUGCAAUGCGCUGCGACUGUCAACCUCCAAUCUCUCUAUGCUGAGGACCAACAGCUCUUUAUCAGGGUCACCACAGAGCGUUUCCGCUCGAUGCCCGCAGACGAAAUUAGCGCCGCAAUCCACGAAAUCCGCGAGCUUGGCUUCCGUGGCGAGCAUGCCGCAUACCGACUGCUGGUGGUCUACCUGGCCGUGAUUUCUCUCCAGCCAGUUGAAGACAAGGAAAGUGUCGUUUCGCGCGAGCUCUCCAACCUCGGUCAGUCUCUGGCAGAAACACUUGUCGCCAGCACCUCGAUCGACCAAUUCUGCUUCGCGGCCGAAUCCAUGGCCUUCCUCCUCCGCGUACACACUCGCAGCAUGGCCCAGUACAACAUCGAUGCCACCCUCGCAGCCAUCGCCACCGCCGCCUCCCAGGCCGGUCCGCGCAUCUCGCCUGAGUAUGCUCCAACCAUCUACAUUCGCCUGUGCCGCCUGAUGGGCAUCGUCCUGGGUCUGCAACGACUCAAGAUCGGUGGACGUUUCCACCUGGUGGUCAAUGCCUUGCAGCGACUGCUCGGUUGCCUCUUUGCGCGUUCCCGCAAACGCUCGCGCUCCAACCGGUCACCGGUCAUCUCCCACCCGUUCUGGCUUGCUCCCCUCCACUCCUCCCACACAACCCAUUACACCCGCCUUCUCACCUCCCUCAGCGAUCCGACGGUUUCUGCGGUGCUGCGCCCUCAGCCUGGUGCGUCGCGCGAGGCUCUGACCGAUGAGACGAAGAAAGCCAAGCGCAUCGCCGGCCAGUACUUGCAGUACGUUAUCAUGACGUAUGCGCAGUGCUCGCUGCGCGGGUCGCUGGUGCCAGAUGUCAAGGCUACACUCAUGCCGGGUAUGUAUGCGGCGCUGGAUGUGAUGUCGAGGGAGUCGAUGCGUGCGCUGAAUGCGGGUCUGGAUGCUUCGGGUCGUGCUGUUUUCAAGUCUCUUUACGAUGACUAUGUGAAGUUUGGAAAGUGGAAUAAGGCGUAG